AGAAAAUCUUCUAAUAUGAUUCAGCUUCGCCCUAUGGUUCUUCUCUACAUCCUUCUUACUUUGAUUGUCGCUGCGGUGGAGUCUUUCAAUGCUGCCCCCGGUAAAGGACAAUGUUAUGUGCCAAAAGGAGGUGACUGUUAUAGAUGCGAUUGUGUGAAACCAGCGAAAUGCUACAAAGGAGAGUGCCGAUAAAUUAGUGCACUGCCUCGACGGUUCGUAAUGAGCAAGUAAAAUUCGUACAUAUCUCUCUAUCGUAUGCUUAAUGCUCUUGAAUGUAUACAAUAUCACAACGAUCACAGAUUUCAUGCAUAAAUAUUGAAUUGAAGGA